AGUUCGUGGGUCAGAGUUCACACUCGAGCAGCGCUGUGGAAGUGGACGUUUCUGAAACCAACUGUUUAUUUACAAUGUUUUUUCUGCUUUACCGAUUCACUCAUGCGCUACAUUAAAACCCGUUUACAUAGAUAAUAUAUCUGCGUGCUUUCUCCGCAUUUCUCUCUUAUUACGUCUGAUAUUAAACCACAACAAAUCCUAACUGAUAACUUGUUAGCCACUAAGACUUUUCUGAUCAAGUGUUAUAACGAGAAGAGGUACAGCUGCUGGUUAAAAUAUCUAUAAUAUAGACAACACAAAAUAAUUCCAGAAUGCAGGAAUUAAUCGCCACUGUCGAUCACAUCAAGUUUGAUCUUGAAAUCGCUGUUGAACAACAAUUAGGCGCUCAGCCGUUGCCAUUUCCAGGAAUGGAUAAAUCUGGCGCUGCUGUGUGUGAGUACUUCAUGAGAGCUGCUUGUAUGAAGGGUGGAAUGUGUCCCUUCAGACACAUCAGUGGAGAAAAGACUGUUGUGUGCAAGCAUUGGCUUAGAGGCUUAUGCAAGAAAGGAGACCAAUGUGAAUUUUUACACGAGUACGAUAUGACUAAGAUGCCUGAGUGUUAUUUCUAUUCUAAAUUUGGGGAGUGCAGUAAUAAAGAGUGUCCAUUCUUGCACAUUGACCCAGAAUCUAAGAUUAAAGAUUGUCCAUGGUAUGAUAGAGGUUUUUGUAAACAUGGUCCGGAUUGCAGGCACAGACACACUAGAAGAGUCAUUUGUGUAAAUUACCUGGUUGGCUUUUGUCCAGAGGGCAAGUCGUGCAAAUUUAUGCACCCAAGAUUUGAACUUCCGAUGGGUGCGACUGAACAGCCACCACUGCCACAACAAGCACAGACUCAGCAAAAGCAGCAAAACAUGCAGCCCAUGAACAGGUCAACACAGUCACUCAUCCAGUUAACCAACCCCAACAUCAGCAACAACAACCACCAGAGAAUUCCAAACGCUGUAGGGAUAGUGCACUCUAACAGCCACAUGGGUGGAGCUCGCGGCCCUCGCCCACUGGACCAAGUUACAUGUUACAAGUGUGGUGAAAAGGGCCAUUACGCAAACAAAUGCACAAAAGGACACCUGGCGUUUUUGAGUGGACAGUGAAGCUUUCUGUAAAGAGGAUCUCCAAUAAAUGUGGUUACAACGUGAGGUAUUUGAUUCCUGGUACAUUAACCUUUCGCUGAGAAGGGUGUAGUUGUGUGGCAUAAAUGUGGCUCUACCUCACUACCAUCACGUGUGCCAAGCGUAUCACAGUCACAACACAUUCAACAGGUAGAACAUGAUCAGUAAAAGCGCUUUUUAUAUUGAGUUUUGUUUUUCUUUCACAUGAAACCUUACAUACCCACUUUCAUGCUCUGAAAUGCGAAUCUCUUCUGUUUGGAGCAGGAAGGAUUUUGAAUGCUUAAAGGGAUAGCUCACACAGAAAUUAAUGCAAUUUUUUUUUACCUUAAUAAAGGUUUCUUUCAUCAGUUGAGCACAAAAGAAGAUAUUUUGAAGAAUGUUGGUUGCUAUCACUUAUUGUCUUCCUUAGUGGGGAAAAAUUACUAUGGAGGUCAUGGGGUGCUAGUAACUAACAUUUCUCAAAACAUCUUCUUUUGUGUUUAAAAGAAGAAACUCAAAUAGACUUUAGGGAAAGUAAAUGAUGGCAGAAUUUUCUUUUUUGGUGAACUAUCUCUUUAAAUUUGAAAGCAAUUCUGAAAUUAGAGCAAAAUAUAUGAAAGUCUUUUGGGGAAGUAUUGCCAGUAGCAGCCAGUGUGAUCUGUAAUUGAAGAAGAGGACCACUUUGCAGUGUCAAAAUGGCUUGUUUAUAUUAAUUACAUUUAAAACAGAUGUUUGGGUUGUACUUACAAUAAAGAUUAACUGGAUUUAUGAAA